ACACACAAUGUAUAUGUUUUCCUGGCAAAUACUCCUCUGCCUCUUGAUUGAUGCCAGCGCAAUACUGUCUGAUUCUUUUCCAGCCAAAGUGGAGUCAUCACAUCAGAUCGGUUCUAAUGAUAGUAAGGCGACUAGACGAGUGCAUGGGCGAUAUCAACUGAUACAGGAUGCAGGAAAUGAUAGCUUCUCGGUAUACACUUAUGAUUACCAUGAUGAGAUAAACAAUAUUUUUGUGGUCAUUAGUAUUCCAAAGAAGAAUUUACAAUUGGUUGAUAAUUAUCAAGUCAAACCUGUUACGUGUUUAGUCAACUACAGCAGUCAAGUGCCUUUAGUUCUAUCCUAUGACCUAGAUUCCACACUUUCUGUGGAAUUAGUUAAUAAAUCAUUGUAUCGUCUACCGCCUUCAACAGAAACCAGUACAGAAGUAACAUUGUAUAUAUUGCCAAAACUGCUGGGGUCAGAAUAUUUGCUGUUUUCGAUUGACAUAGAUAAACAAUUUAAUGAUAAUUUAUCAAUUCAUCAUCAGUCGGAUGCCUCCUCAUUUAAUACCCAGGAUGUUAAUGGUGAUCUUAAUGAGCAUGACUUACCGGGUUUUCCAGUCACUGUACUCCUAAACAGAGGGAUUGGUUACAGAAUUUAUCGUAUUUUCGUAGUUAUUUUGGUAACUUCAGUCACGUUUACAAUGGGGUGUGAUUUGGAGGUCGCCCUGUUAUGGCAUCAUUUAAAAACACCCAUUUCUAUAUCAAUCGGAUUCUUUUGUCAGUUCUUUUUUAUGCCAUUGACUGCAAUAUGCUUAUCAAAACUUAUCCCAAUGAAACCAGAGUUUGGUUUCGGAUUACUUACUAUUGCUUGUUCUCCAGGAGGUGGUGCCAGUAAUGGUUGGUCUUUUUUACUCGGUGGUGAUAUUAACUUGAGUAUGGUAAUGACAUUCAUUAGUAACUUAUCAGCUCUUUUUAUGGUGCCAUUUCUCCUAUUCAUCUACUCUCCGUUCUUCAUUGACAAUACCAAAGUAGAAAUUCCAUACGGUCAAAUUGUCUUGCAAUUGCUACAGUUAGUCAUACCCGCAUUAUUAGGUCUGGCUCUACGUACGUUGAAACCGAAAUGGGCUAUGAAAUUCAGCAAACUAGUCGGACCAAUUUUUAAAUUUUAUGUGAUAUUCUUUUUAACCAUUGGCGUGUACAUUAAUUGGCCACUGUUUCGCCUAUUAGGUGUUUAUCCUUUACUUAUUCUUGCAUGUGCACUGUUACCCUGGAUUGGCUUUUGUGUAGCUGCAUUAUUUGCAUUUAUUUUACGACAAUCGUUUCAAUUAAUUAUUACAGUGGCUUUAGAGACUGGUAUACAAAAUAUUGCUGUUGGGGUUCUCAUUCUAUUAUAUACAAUGCAUAAACCAGAUGGUGAAUUAGGCUCUCUUAUGCCACUUACUGUAGCUAAAUUAACACCGAUCCCAUUGUAUUUUAUAUAUCUAGGUUUGCUAAUUAAACGUAAAUGUUGUAAUCAUCAGAAUAAAUCUAGUGAUACUGAAGGAUCUGUAGCUACGACAGAUAAUGAGAUAAUGAACCCAGUAGCUGAUAACAAUGUUUCACCAACAAAAGUGCCAGAAAAAUUAGUAGCUACCACUGUGACUGACAAUGCCGCUCAUAAAACAAUAUAAAAUAAGCGCUUUAUAAAAAUUAUUUUUCUGUUAUUGUUUUUUUUAUUUGAGAAUUUUUCUUCACUGAAGUUUCCUGUGAUUAAAUGUGAUAUUCCUUUCUUCUCUUGAUGUAUAAGCGAAAAAAUUGUUUAAUUUUUUUGUACAUUGUUCAUUUCAAUGAGAUUAAAUAACUUAUAACAACUUAUGUACUUAUAUGUACGUGACGAAGGUAGCUUUCUAAUAAAUCCUUGUUUCAUUGUAACUGCUGUCCAUCUUUUCUUUAAUGUACUUCCCUACUUUGAAGUUCUAUGGGAAGAUUCGAUUUUCGUAAAAAUGAGGUUUUGUUUUGAUCAAUUAAAUGCAGAAAUAAACAAAUUGCACUACAAAUGAGACUAUGAAUUUUGGAUUUUUCACCACUAAUAUAACUAAACAAAUAUAAGGAGAAAUAAACAAAG